AGAAAAAAGGUAAGAAGUGAAAUUCUGUUACAAACAUGGAUCAUAUGAAUGUGCCUUUGUUGGAGAAGAAGCAAUAUUAUAAGGAUUGUCCUGGUUGUAAGGUGGAACAAGAAAAUGAGCUUAAUCAAGGGUUAUCCAUCCUAAAGCUUUUCAUUAUUUGGAUGGUGGUGUUAUCUUCUUCACUGCCUAUAACAUCACUCUUUCCAUUCCUUUAUUUUAUGGUGAGUUUAUAUAAUUCAACAUUUAUUUUUGCUGAUAUUAGUUAUUAUGCCGGUUAUCUGGGAUCUUCAUACAUGCUUGCAAGAUCUUUAACAACUAUAAUUUUGGGAAUGGUUUCUGAUCGCUAUGGUCGAAAACCUGUUAUAAUUCUUGGGAUCAUCUCAGUUGUCAUCUUCAACACAUUAUUUGGCCUUAGUACGAGUUAUUGGAUGGCCAUUAUCACGAGAUUUCUUCUCGGAAGUUUAAACGGUGUACUUGGACCAGUGAAGGCAUAUGCUACUGAACUUUUUAGAGAAGAGCACCAAGCUAUAGGUCUUUCUACUGUUAGUGCAGCUUGGGGCAUAGGUUUAAUUAUUGGACCAGCAAUAGGAGGCUAUUUGGCUCAGCCAGCAGAAAAAUAUCCACAAAUAUUUGCAAAGGAUUCAUUUUGGGAUAAGUUUCCGUACUUCUUGCCCUGCUUUAUAAUAUCAGGACUUGCCUUGAUAGUAGCAAUUGCCUGCAUUUGGAUUCCGGAAACAGUUCACAAUCAUAGUGAUAGUAAUGAGUCUACAGAUGCUGAUGUUUUAGAAAAUGGAAGCAAAAUAGUAGAAACGGAAAAGAAUGUUCAAAAGAAUGAAAACCUCUUCACGAAUUGGCCUUUGAUGUCAUCUAUCAUUGCUUAUUGUGUCUUCUCACUUCAUGAUGUUGCUUAUCAAUAG